CUUCUACCCAGGCGAGACCAGACGACGUGUGCCCGCUUCAUCUGUCUGUAGUCAACGUGUUGGUCAGUUUUGCGUUGAUUUCAUUGUCGUGUAUAUCGUAGCAGCCGUCCAACAAUCCAUUCUUUGCCUCUUCAUGGCUUCUUCAGUUUUCUACAAGUUCAAGUCCCAGAAGGAUGAGUCUCGGGUGACCUUUGACGGCACCGGGAUCUCCGAUAUUAUAUUGGCCAAUAACUUGGGUAAGGCAAAUGACUUCGACCUAUAUGUAUAUGAUGCUUCGGCGCAGCAAGAGUAUAAAGAUGAUUCUCAGAUCAUUCCUCGUUCUUCGUCUGUCAUUGUGAAGCGUCUCCCUUCAUCGCGCCCAGGAAAGGGCAAGGCAGCCAUGUACCUUAGUGGUACCAACGGUGGUACCCACACUCCUACUUCUGAUAUUAUCCAGAGACCUGGUGGAAGUGGUGUUUUAUGGCACAAGGGUGCGAUGUCGAAGCGUUUCGACAUCAAAGAGGAAUCAUCUACACCAAAAUCAGCUGGCUCAACCUCUAUUCCUAAAAACGCCGUCACAAAGGACGACGAGGCAGCCGCGAUGGCUGCUAUGUUCCAGGCCCAGACUGCUAACUGGGAGGAAACCCAGGAAAAGAUGUCUCACGCUGUGCCCAUAUAUAACAAUCCCAGGGGAACAUCUGGUCGUGGUGGGAAACCAUUUACUCACCAACGUCCCCAGCCAGAACGACCGUUGCCUCCUAGCUAUGUGUGUUACCGAUGUGGGCAGAAAGGUCAUUGGAUACAAGAUUGUCCUACGAAUAGCGAUCGUGAGUUCGAUAACAAGCCUCGAAUCAAAAGGACUACUGGUAUUCCACGAAGUUUUCUGAAAGCUGUUGAAAAUCCGAACAAGGGCGAGAUCACCCAAGGUGUGAUGGUCACACCAGAAGGUGGUUAUGUUGUUGCCCAGCCUGACUUGGCUUCUUGGCAGAAGCAAUUAUCCCGUCCGAAGGGUUUGACUGCUGCUGACGUUCGGGAACGCCCUCCAACCGAUGCUUCCCUUGCCUGUCCUAUAGACAACAGAUUGUUCCGUGACGCUGUCAAGACGCCUUGCUGUGGUACUUCAUUUUGCGAGGAAUGUAUCCAGACACACUUACUUGAGCGCGAUUUUACCUGCCCCAAGUGUGGCAAGAAGAUAGCUUCACUCGACAAAGUUGUCAUGGAUAAGCCAAUGCGAACGAGGGUCGCUGACUAUAUCGAUAAGGUUAUGGAAGAGAGCAGAAAAGAAAGCGAAGAGAGCUCUGCACAUUUCCUUUCUAACGGCCAGGCUACUGAUGCGGAUAACUCCAUAAAUGACGACUUCUACUCAGAUCAGCAACCUAGCAUGGAUAUGUCCCAAAUGAUCGUUGACAACAUCCCAUCCCUUCAAGCUCAGAUUUCUCAAAUAUCAAUCAUGCUUCAAAAUCCAUCCCUACCAAAUCAAGUGCGGCAGACCACAGAAAUCAAGUAUCAGCAACUCCAGAUGCAGUUACAACAAGCUCAGGCCAUUGCCGCAACCCUCGCUGUUGCGACCAGUCUUCAGCAGCAGCAGCAGCAACAACAGCAACAGCAACAGCAACAGCAAAACGCCAAUCCCAUGGCCUACGGGAUGCAAGGUCAGCAGUGGACUAAUCAGUUCCCGAGCCAACAACCCGCUGGCCAUGACUCUGCUUAUCAACGGUUGCCCGUCAACAAUCGCCGUCGGAACUUGAAGCGGGAUCGUCCCUCGGAUUUCUUAGAUGUCACUGGUGAAAGGUAUUGGGAGUAAUUCAAAGUCUGCCUGGAUGAGGAGGGGGGACUGCAUUCGUAAACUACGCAAAUAGCUAAUCGGUCGCACUUUGCAUGUAUACACGAACAUUGGCAAAAUAUAGUUAUUUUAUCCUGA